AUGACAACAGGAUCACAAGAAUGUCAUCAUAUAACAGAACAAUGUUAUAAUGGUUGUCAACCAGGUUACAGAGGAGAAGACUGUACAUUGAAUUGCCAGAAUGGUACCUAUGGAGAUGGAUGUAGUAAACUAUGUAACAAGAGACAUUGUAAAGGAUCACAACACUGUUAUCAUAUAACAGGACAAUGUACUGAUGGUUGUCAACCAGGUUAUAGAGGAUAUGAUUGUAUAUUGAAAUGCCAGAAUGGUACCUACGGAGAUAUAUGUAGUGAACUAUGUAACAAGAGACAUUGUAGAGGAUCACAAGACUGUCAUCAUAUAUCAGGACAAUGUUAUAAUGGUUGUACAACAGGUUAUACAGGAGAAGAUUGUAGAUGGCAUUGCCUGAAUGGUACCUAUGGAGAUAGAUGUAGUAAACUAUGUAACAAGAGACAUUGUACAGGAUCACAAGAAUGUCAUCAUAUAACAGGACAAUGUACUGAUGGUUGUAAACCAGGUUAUAGAGGAGAAGAUUGUACAGUAGAAUGUCCUGAUGGUUUCUAUGGUGCUGGUUGUCAGAAGAAUUGUAAUAAUAGAAAAUGUCUGAAGAAUUCAACGUGUGAUCAUGUGACAGGAGAAUGUAUUGGUGGAUGUUCUGUGGGUUAUAGUCCAACAAUUCUAGAUUGUACUCAAGGCUGCAGUAAGAAAUGUUCAGAUAGAAAAUGUAAUGAUAAUUUAAACUGUAACAGUAAAACAGGAGAAUGUAUUGAUGGAUGUCAACCAGGUUUUCAGUCAAUUGAUUGUUCCUAUGGUAAUAAUAUCGUUUUAGUUCUGCAACCUAUCAAAAAUAUAUAG